AUGUCACAGCAAAUAGCCGGGUUCAAGGAGUCUAUGGAUUUCUAUAACGCAAAAUUUGAAUCCUAUAAAUUAUGUUUGGAGGAAAAGGAGGAGAUUAUUAAAAAGCUACAAGUUGAAAAUCAACACCUAUUGACGACCAAUAUUGAACACGGAACAAGGCUGACACAAGUAGAACAAAGCCUACGUGAAAAUAAUUUGGAAAUAAAUGGGGUCCCCGAGUUCAAGAAUGAAAAUGUUAUUACUACAUUAUUGCAAUUAGCAAAAACGGUAGGGGAGCCACUAGAAGAUAGCGACAUCCUCCACGCAACAAGAGUGGCAAAGUUAAACCAGGAGACCAGCAGACCUCGUCCAAUGGUAGUUAAACUUCGCACGCCUCGUCACCGCGACAACAUUAUAGCUGCAGUAGUCCGAUUCAACAAAAAGAACUCAAAUGAAAAGCUAAACUCUCAACACCUGGGUAUUAGUGGCGACCGCAAGCCGGUAUAUGUAGCAGAGCAUCUGUGUCUAGCAAAUAAACAGUUACAUGCCGCGACUAGAAAACUCGCCAAAGAGUUAAACUACAAGUUUGUAUGGGUUCGUAACGGGCGAGUGUUUGUUCGCAAGGACGAAUCACACUCCGCAAUAUUAAUUCGUAGUUUGGACGGCCUAUCUUUGCUUAAAAAUGAAAAGACAACUAAUAAUAAUAAUAAAGUAGCUUAG